CCAUCUUGAUUUUUGUCAAUCGAGUAAGAUCUGGAAAGCGGACAACACCAUCGUAUAGAGAGAAAAAGGAUUGGAAGAGUGAUUUUUUACCAUCCAUCACUCAAAUAAAUAAAUAACAACACAGUAGUUGAGUCCCUCAAUAAUAACAGCUAUUAAAAACAUUAUUCAACAAUCAAAAAACGCUAAAACAAGGAAUUCAAGUUUGAAAAUCCGAUUGUGAAAAAAUGGCAGACUCAGAGAAGAUACCUACUGAACAACAGCAACCAUUGCAAGACGAUUCGCAAGUUGACGAAUCUGGAAAUCAGCCUCAACCAAAGCCGGCUGCGCCACCAAAAGAAGUUAUUGCCACCAAAGUAAGUGGAACUGUAAAGUGGUUUAAUGUCAAGAGUGGGUAUGGUUUUAUAAACCGUAACGAUACUAAAGAAGAUGUAUUUGUUCAUCAAAGUGCUAUCGCCAAGAACAACCCCAAGAAGGCUGUUAGAUCCGUAGGCGAUGGUGAGCUGGUUGAGUUUGAUGUAGUAAUUGGAGAGAAGGGCAAUGAAGCUGCCAAUGUGACUGGUCCAUCUGGUGAGCCUGUUCGUGGCAGUCAAUUUGCGGCCGACAAGAAACGUACAUACCGUUCAUGGUUGUAUCGUAGCCGUCGCAAUCCACAACAGCGUCGUAACACAAACAACGCUGAGACCGGUGACGAAGGUGAGGUCACUGAUGGUGGGGCACAGCAGCAGCAACAGCAGCAACGUCCACAAAGAAAUUACCGUCGCGGUGGAGGCCGUGGUCGUGGUGGACGUGGCUACAAUAACUACUUCAAUGGGCCAAGACGUCAACAAAGACGCUCUGUAAAUAAUCAGAGCGGCGAUGGCGGACUCAGUGGAGGUGAGGGUGGAAACGAAAAUGUUGAAUCCAACGGUCAUCGAGGAGAUGGUCAGGGCGGCCAACAACGUCGCGGUGGACCACCACCAAGACGUUUCUUCAGACGUAAGUUCAACUCUGGUAAUCGUGGACCACCAGGAGGUGGACGUCGUCCUCGCAGUGAGGAUGGUGGUAAUGAAGAUUACAACCAAGGUGGUCAAGAAGGAAAUGCCCCGCGUAAUCCUCGCACUCGACGCAACCCCAGGAAGCAAAACAACGGUGGGGGUAAUUCAAAUGGAGGUGAACAACAACCCCAACAGCAGCAGGACGCUGGUCAACAAGUGCAAAACACAACAACUGAAAGUUCUGCAUAAAUUCAAAUUUAAUACAAAUAUGCAUUACAAGAAUUGAAGUUAUAUUUAGAAAAAAAAAGUAGUACCCAGCAUCGUGUGUAUUUUAUUUUUUCCUUCUAAAUCGUAGCACCUGAUGGACUUUUUUAUAUAUAUAUUUUUGUUUUAAAUUUUUUUUAAAGAAAUUCUUUAUAUAUUUAUUAUUUUUUAUUUUUUUUUAAAUAUAUUAUACAAACAUAUAAGAAAUUUUUAAACAAGAAAACAAAAAUCAAAUUCAUAUGUAAUGCAUUAUUUGUGUUUUAUUUAAAUGAGAAAAAAAAGAAAAGAAAAAAGCAAAAAAAAAACCAUCAUUUCUCCCAAAUUCUACAAUAUAGUUCCAGCGAAAUAAGAAAGAAAGAAAAAAAACAGUUUGCCUGAGUUUUAAGAAAAUCAAUUAUUUUAGAUUUUUCUGUGUGAAAAUAUAUAAAAACAAAAACAA